CAUACAUAGCGCAGCCUCUUUUGGCACGUUGAACACGUAUCGAAUUCACUUUUAAUAACUGAAAAAGCAUCGGUGAGAAUUGAUGCUUCGUCUUUCUCAACGAUUAGUAGUGUAAUUCUUCGCGUUCUACCAAACAAAGAAGAUGGUUCGAUUAUUUAUUUUAGGUAUUCUACAAACGGUGAUAUUUAGUCGUGUAGCUGGACAAUUUCAAGGGCAAUCGAAUUGUGUGACACCCGGUAAUUUAGCCGGUUCUUGUAUAGGAAUACGCCAGUGUCCGCAGUUGUUGAGAAUCCUCGAAACGAAACCCCUUAAGCCAGAUGUUGUAGACUAUCUACGGCAAUCCCAGUGCGGUUUCGACGGCAAUCUUCCCCGUGUUUGUUGCCCAAUUCAAAGCGGGAACAUGAACGUUCCAUCUCGAGGUGAACAAGUUUAUCUCGGAGAUAAUUUCGGAUCGAAUCAAAACUCAGGUCAAGAAAAUACCGACGAGAAGACUACCGACGACGCAAACCUGCGGUACGACUUCUCCAACAAUCCUCUGCUUCCCAACAAUUGUGGCAAAGAUCUGUCCCAAAGGAUAUUCGGUGGAGAACGUACGGACCUCGACGAAUUUCCCUGGACGGUACUUUUGGAGUACAAAAAACCAAACGGAAGGGGCACAUCUUGCGGUGGAGUUCUUAUCAGCCGGCGUUACGUUCUUACCGCAGGUCACUGUGUCUCGUACACGGAUAUACCAAAAACCUGGAAAUUGGAUGCCGUUCGUUUAGGCGAAUACAACACCGACACCGAUCCCGACUGCAUCCAAGAUGACAUCGACAGCGUUGUUUGCGCGGACAGUACCGUAUCGGUUGGAAUCGAGGAACAAAUGAUCCACGAGAGUUAUCGGCCAACAAUGACAGAUCGGAGAUACGAUAUAGCUUUGCUAAGAUUAUCUCGCGACGUUUCCUUCACCAAUUACAUCAAACCAAUUUGCCUGCCACCGAGCGCCUCCGUCGGGCAAAGAUUGUUCGUGGCCGGUUGGGGAAGAACGGAGAACAGGUCGUCGUCGAACGUGAAGCUAAAAUUAUCUUUGCCAGUCUUCGAUAAAGAACAAUGCAAGACGAUCUAUAGAGAGGUAACGACUCUCGGUUACGGGCAAAUUUGCGCCGGUGGGCAAAAAGGCAAAGACUCCUGCCAAGGUGAUUCAGGUGGACCGUUGAUGGGUGUGGAGAGAAAUCAGGAUGGUAGCGGAAGAUGGACGCUGAUCGGCAUUGUUUCCGUUGGACCCAAGAAUUGCGGAACAGUCGGAUGGCCCGGAGUUUAUACCAGAGUGAUCGAUUUCGUUCCGUGGAUACUUAGCAAAAUGAGGGCUUGAAAUUGAUGUUACACGCAAUAUAUUUCUAUACCGUUACCUUCAAUUUUCACAUUUUCUUACACUACUAUUGUAGAAUAUAGCAACGCUUGCCCGCAGACAAAAUUUCUUCGCCUUUUGUAACGAUAAGAUUGUUACGUAUUCGUUUGUUAUCGGCGUGAAAGGUUAUCGGGCGGCAAUAGAUCACGGAGAGUGUCAUGUAAAAAUUGCAUCUUUCCAGCGCACUACUGCAACUAUAUUCCUAUUUUCUUCCUACUCGAAUAAAGUGCCUUCCAUUUUUCAAACGA